AUCAUCCACGCCCACGCCCGCAGAACACACGAGAGGAUCGCCCACAACACCAGCGUACCGGACCUGCUGGAUCCACCUCCACGACCUCCCCGUCAGCGCAACAGUUCGCUGUCAUCUUUGCUGGACGACAUGAGCAGCGGUGGCGCAGCAGCCUUGUCCCGCGGCCCUCAACACGAGUGUACCCGACGUGCUGGAGGGCGGAGGGUUGUCCUGGGGCUCCCCGACCUCCACCCUCCGCUCCUCGGCCUCCACCACCGCCCCAGUCUGUGACCGUGACACUACCAGUGACAUCAGCGUCCAAUUGCAGAAGAUACGGGAGGUGGCGCGGGUGCUGGGGGUUAAAUACCGCAGAGGGGAACUAUCAUCAUCUUCCGCCAGCAGUAGUGGUGCUGGCUCCACCCACACCAGCCCCCGCAUGCCCUCACGCCCUCAACGUCCUCACUCCCCCCUCACACGCCCCUGGAGUGCCUGCACGUGCUCCCGUCAUCCACGACGUACUGAGGGAUGGUCGGAAGGUGUCACCCCAGCACCAGCCGCCAGCCACCCACGACACAGACGCCAUCAGUCAAGAGAGCGGCUACAGCUCCGUAGACUCGAGGACCUACAGGCAGCAGCAGCAUUACCUCCAGCAGUCUCCGCCUCAACCUGGCAAACCCCAACAAGAGCAGAGGCCUAGAGAUCACCCGCAGUUAAGUCAAGUUAAACAACCACUCCUGAAAAGUCUUCAUCAGUAUAAGCCAAGUCAAAAGGAAUGUGUGCAGAGUGUAUCACAGCUCCAGCAGAAACACUGUCAGAGACUCAGUCAACCCAACACCAAAGGUCAACAACAACAGGCAAGAGACUCCCGCCAGCAGGCUGACGUCUUCCUUCACAACCAUUAUAACCAACACCAACUUGACAGUCUUCAACAACACAACCGACAACUACAACAACACCAACGCCAACAAAAACAACAACAGCAACCACAACAGAAACUGCAUCAACAACAACAGCAUCAUCAUCAACAACAAAAACAGCAUCAACAACAGGAGCGGCAUCAACAACAACUAAGACAACAGAAACAGCAGCAACUCCAACAGUCUGUUCAACAGCUGGAGCUACAGCAGGGCGUGAAUCAAGACAAGUUGGGUAUCUACAUCAAGAGUGUUGUUCCCGGAGGAGCUGCAGACCAGGAUGGGCGACUACAGGCAGGUGAUCAGCUUCUAUCAGUAGAUGGGAAGUCUCUGAUUGGCAUCACUCAGGAACAUGCAGCUGAGUACAUGAUGGAAACUGGCCCAGUAGUGACCUUGGAAGUGGCUCGGCAGGGAGCCAUUUACCAUGGACUGGCUACAAUCCUAUCACAGCCAUCACCACAUGCUAAUCGAGCAUCCCUGCGGAAGAUGCGUCCUCGAGCAGAGGAGGCUCCUCGUGCGGCCAUGACUAACAGCCAGUCCACGCCUAACAUGGGCGGGUACAACGAGCGGCUGGUGGACUGGAAUCAGCCUCCUCGCCAGCACCCCCUCCCCCCAACCUCCUCCCACAGCUCUCUGAUGGCCAGGUCUAGCCCCAAUCUGGCAGCUCCAGCUGAAGGUUACCCUGGUGGUCGACAUUUGAGUGAGCGCGACCUUCCAUCAAAAGUACUCGGUGAACACAAUCAGGACCCCCCAGCACCCUCUCACCUCCACCAGGCUCCUCGUAUGCAAGCAUCUAAGUCUGUCCCUUCACUUAACAGUGAAGCAGGUAAUAGUGUAGGAGGGAAGCCAGCUUCUCUUGAGGUGUUCAACCCUUCAUACUCCCGCACCUCAUCCAACACUUCACUCUCCCAGCCUCCUAACCCUCACUUUCCUCACCACCCCCAUCACCAUCACCAACAACAACCACAGCAACCACCACCACAACAACAACCACAGCAACAACAACCACAGCAACAACAACCACAGCAACAGCAACCACAGCAACAGCAACCUCCAGUCCGUUCCAGGUCCACUCAAAAUUUGAGUGAUGGGGGUUAUCCAGGUCCUGUUGGUCGUCAUCCAAGUAAUCCAAGCCUCGUGGUAGAAGAAGAACGUUACUACCAGAAUGUAAACUUUCAUCAAGGCCCACAGGACUCUCGCAUGGGUUCCAUGCGUACUCGUCCAGGCCAGGCACUACCAAUGGGCUCUCCAGCAUCACAAGACUCUUCAGAACACCUGCGAUCUGAUAUUCGGCCAGACCAUCGCCCAGACCAUCGCCCAGCUUCAGCUUUUAUGCAGCGUGAGGAUAUGAUACCUCACCGAUCAGAAUUACAACGCCCGGCCUCCCAGCGGGAUCUUCGUGCUGAUGCAAAGAUGUUAGAAAUGACAGAAGAAGUGCGAAGGAGAGAGGAAAGGGCACGUCACAAUGGUCACCCACCAACUACCCUACCACUAAGAUCAGGUCAACACCAUCCACCUCACCGUGUGCCAAAUGCCUUCUCUCCAGGAAGUGCCCCCUUCUCACCUGAAGGCUACAGUGGGUCACAAGGCUUCCCAGGUCAACACAUUGGUUACCACCAUACUUCAUCACAGCCACUUAGUCCUCAGGGGACAAUGGCAGGACUUCAGCAAACACCUCAGCAUGCCCAUCCACAAUAUAGUGGCCCGGGGCAAAAUAUGUCCAAUAAACUUCCUCCUCCAACAGCCCCAAAGCCAAAAUCACAGAGUGGACCCCAGGGUCCUAUAUUGUCUGAUGCCCCGGAGAAACCAUCUCGACAGUAUGGCUAUGAAGGAAGUAAUACAGCUGAUGGGCCCCCCAGACCGCCCCCACCAGAGGAUGGGUAUCGGGACUCACCCCCACCUCCUCCACCCCCUACAUCUACUCAUCCACUUCUCCAGGGUAACCGGCCAGCAUCUAGUGUAGGCCACUCUAGCCAGUUACCUAGUAAAUCUGCUUUCAACAAGACAAGUCCAUGGGAUAGAGAACAAAAGGAACUGCAUGAUCGCCGUCGUCGUGAGGCUGCACGACACUGGCGUGAUGAACAGAUUUCGUCACUGGAAAAUCUUGAUGUACGUACAUCUCAGCAGGAUGAAAGACUUAGAACACUUCGCUUAGAAAAGGAGUUUCAGCGACGAGCAGAGGAAGCUCUUACAAAUGAUGAUGAUGAUGAUGACGAUGACGACGAUGAUGAUGACGAUGAUGAUAAUAAUGAAGCUGUGGAGGUUGGAAAUGAUAAUGACAUUAAUCUUAGACGAGGUCCAGAGAACAUUGUCAUUAGAGAAUAUAAUAAACCUCCAAAUACUACCACAGUCAUCACUCCAGGACAAGAGUCACGAAUGAAUGGUGGAGGUCCUACUGAUGAAGAGCGAGCAAGGAAGGUUGAUGAGAUUCGCAGGAAACAACAAGAAUUAGAGGCUGCGAGGGAGGUUGAAGAGCGUCUGCUGCGGGAGGCUCAGCGCCGACAACAAGAGGAACAGAUGCGUCGUUUCCAGGAGCAGCAGCAGCAGCAGCAUCAACAACUUCAGCAGGCUGCUCCUCAACAUCCACAAUACCAACAUCAACAUCAUGCAACCCAAAGGCUUGAUUCACUUGUUGCCACUCCAUUCCAUUCUCAGUAUAGCAAUGGUCCUGUAAAUGGGAUGCGAGGACCUCAUAACAGUUAUCCAGACCAAUCAGGAGUCAGUGAGAGCAACCUUCGCCCAGAUACUAUAACAACUGCAGCACAACACAGUCCAAUUCCACCUGAGCGAGGUUCUUCCUACUCCAUAAUGCAACAGCAAACAGUCCCUCCUACACAGCCAGGACCUAACAAUCGUUACAAAGGUCCUGAUGCUCCACCGGCAACUAUCAAACGUGUGCAGUUCUCAGAGACUACAACUGUUGAUGCACAUAUAACCUAUGAUAAUAAUGCCAACCAAGAGAAGACACCACGACAGGACCCAAAUCAUAUCAGACCCUACUUUCACAAGAACUUUAUAAAUGAGGCUGAAACUAUAUUAAACUCAUCGCCAACACGCAGUGCUGGAGGCAGCACCCCAGGUGUGAUAGGCGCUCAGGAGGUGUAUAGGGAUCCCCGCAUGCGACGUCUGCAACAAAAGCAAGCCGAGCAAGCAGCUGCUAAAAAUCCUGGACCUGAGAAGCUCACUUUUAAGGAGAAAAUGAAAAUGUUUGCCAUGGAAACUGGGGAGGCAGAGACUCCAAAAGACAAGUGACAGCUUGCAGGAAGGAAGAUGAGAAAGAAAAUUUCCUUUCCUCAUAGUUUAUUUUGGAAUGGCAAAGUGAUGGUAGAACAGAGGCUAUGGCAGGUGAAACCACACUUUAGAAAACUCUCUGGAUCCUCAAGUAACUUGGCACCAAGUUUCUACUAAUGAGUGUAGUCCUCCAUAAAUACAUAUCACCUGCCUGGGAGUAAAGUGGUAGGAAGUUGUCAUGGUGUCUUUCAUGUUCCCACCACAGUCACUGCUAGACUGAUGCACACAUCACAGUAUCUUACAUAAAUGCACUUUCAUUUGAUGAAUAAAAUUCAUAUCUUCAGAGUGCAGGCAAUAUGAGAGUACUGCAGGUAUCCCUUGAUUUAUAAUAUUUCACUUUGAUGUU